AUGACUCGCGGUGGUCUGCCAAUGUAUCGAGCCACUGCUGCUAAUCUCCCAUACAAAAGUGGUACCAAUUUACCACCUCCGGAGAGAAGGUUUGGAAUGACGGACAAAUACGAUUCCCUCUACGACACUGUCAAUGCUCGACGUUUUGGUUCACUGCGCAGCGAUGACAGUGUGACGGAAACGAUGUGUGAUGCGUUCUUCGAGACUCGUAGUAGCCUAGAGGAUAUAACAAAGUCAGUUCAAGGGGCAAUGAAUGCUGUAGGAGAUCAACCAGUUCAGAGCGAUAAAGCAAUAGAACACAAUUUACCUGUAUGUCAAGAUCGGAACAUCGAGAGUACUAAUGGCAUGGUUUUCACACACUCCACUGAAGUAGAGAACCUAGCGCAGGACUUACAACGUGGUGAAGAAAACGAAAACUGCUCUAAAUCAUCUAUUGUCGCAAAACCUGUUGGAAAACUCGUAUCGGCUUCUCACGCCAAGUCGGUUCAACCGUCCAAGCCACCUCGUCUGGUGCAGCGCGAAACUCAAGAAAGAAAAGUGAUACCAAUACCUGCUUCUCGUCCGCGCGAUGCAGCGCUUCAGAAUAAUACACCCAUUGCAAAACAAAGGACUCCUACCGAAAAGGAUCGAGGUGAUAAUAACAAGGAUCUGCGAAGUGACUUCAGGAAGAUGAAAUUUAGCACUGACCGUCAGGCGCGAGAUCGAACCCCACGUAGCAAUGUGAGCGGUGCCGCUGCGACGAAAAAAGCGCAGCACUCAGGUCCUGUACGGAUUAGACGCAGCGAGCAAACUGAAAUCAGAGGAGAUUUAUUUUUGAAAAAUGAUGCUGUCCCCAGUGAACGUGAGUUUCGUCAAGAACUAAAUAACCGAAACCCAAGUCUGGGAUCUGUGCGACGCGGUAUCUCGUCAACACCGAAAAAUGAGACAAAGGAGCCACAGUCAGACGAUUUUGCUAGGACUAGUGUGUCGAGGAAUCGUCAAAUUCAUGGCCCGAUAAACAGGACCUUGAAACCUCAAGCUUCUAGUGUUUCUCGGGUAUUUUCUGCUACGCCUGUUGCUUCCAACACCCAGCAAUCCAAAACUAGAUCGUCUAGUGCGACGCGUACAAUUGACCGUCCAUUAAACAUUGCGCGUUCUACUGUUCAGCGCGCAAACACCAAACAUUACGCGAACGAUGCCGAAAGCGCUUCGCAGUCAUUAGCUCGUCCUUCAAGUGCCGCUCGCCUGACUGCUGGUCCACAGAGCGUGAAUCGUCCUAAUUUGUCGAAGCAGUCACAUAAUCAGCCAGUUACCGCUCAAUCUAUUGUACCUGUGAAGGAGAAUGGACUAUUGGCUUCUGUUAAACCAGCUUCUACUCAGCGUAGUUCUGGUGCAAGGGAUGUUGCAGUGCAGUCUUCUGCACAACGCAGAGCCGAUUAUCGACCACCCCAGCCACGUCCCUCAGUAAUACGUCAUUCUCCUAUAGGAAGAGGAGGCGGGGAUGGCACACCAGUGCAUGGAUUUCGCAAGGAAUUGCGUCGUUAUCCCAUUCCCACGACUGCUCCUUCUGUCGAAGCUGAGCCUUCUUCUGUCCGGAGGCUAUCAAGAAAUGAGCUCCGGGCUAUGGUAGAGCGGUUAGCAGUCCCUAAACGAGUCGCAACGAUGGCCAUGAGAACACCACUGAGAAUUAGGAGUGAACAAACACAUGGUGUGAGCUGCAUCAAGAUUCGCAGUCGUUCUUCAUCCCUAUCUCGCCGUCCCGUGUCCGCACAGGACAACAUCAGUGGUGUACCAGCAGCUGGUACUCUACUGUUCUCCACCGAUGAAAAUCCUCGUUCUGCUAGUGUUGAACCUGGAACUCAACAAGAAUUAAAAUAA